AUGACAGGACAGAGGCUUGGGAAAUGCAUCGUCCUUUGCCUCUUGCCUUGGAGCUGCCUGAGCUUUGCCUGGAGUGAGGCUGCUGGGCCCAAGACCACCUUGCCUGGGGCAGGACACGGCAGGAAGCAGCUGCCCAGAGACGCUGCCAACGGGACCUACAUGCACAGCAACAUCUCAGCCCCGUGCACGGCUCUCGCCCCACCACGCUACGGAUUCUACUAUGUGGACAGAGGCUCGGGCGUUUCCUUGGGCUCGGUCCUCGUGUACUGGUGCCAGGAGGGAUACCAGCUGGUGGGCAGCGAGAGGCUCUCUUGCCUCCGCAGGGAGAGCGGUUCGUCCUGGAGCCACCCCCCGCCCCUCUGCCAGGCCGCCUCGCAGCCCUCAAUCGCCGGCUCCCGCGCAGCCGUGGCCGCUUCGCUGCUGAGCGGCGCCGUGAUCCUGGUGCUCUCCGUCGCCUUCGCCGUCUGCUGCUGGCGGGACAGGGCGAGAAAGAGCCGCGAGGGGCAGCAGCACAGGAGGAAAGCCAGAUGGGUACGUGACCCCUCCACCCCUGAGAGGGGCAGGAAUGCUUUUGGGAGGCUGAGGCACUAUCACCGACGUGAUUACCAUCUCUCAGCCCUUUCCAGCUCCGUGUUCCCAGGGGCAUUUGCAGGCUGCAAUAACCUGGCUUUCCAAAGGAGCCCUGAAAACCUGCCAAAGCUGCCCCUGCAGAGCUGGCACCCCCAGGCCUUGCCCCAGCUGGUGUUACAGCCUGGCACACCACCCAUCACCGCCUUGUCCUGCCGGCCACCCCGCAACAUCCUGCUACCUGCUGUGCCCUACCAUGCUGACUUUCCCAGACACCCACCCCACCUCUACUACAGAAGCUAUGAGGAACACAAGGUCUUCAACAAGUUUGGGAGCCCAGUCUGA